AUGGAUGUUAAUGUAGAUGAUGGUCAUGAUGACAAUGACACAGAGGUUGAGGCUCGUGAUGCAGAAAUUGAUGAUGGUAUUGCCGAAGAAGCGGGUGAUGAUAAUGUUGCCGAUGGGGGUGAUCAUGUUGAUACUGCCAAUGAAGGUGAUAACGCUAAUACCACCGGUGAUGAUAAUAUUGCUGAUGACAUCAAAUAUCCUUUUCCGUUUGAUAUAUUUGAUCCAAGAAAUUGGGAUGCACUUGAUCCUAAAAUGAUAGAUGUUUUGGUGCAAAAGGGUCCUAAAAGAGACUCAUCUAUUCAGCAUGGUAAAAAGGACAAAUUGUCUAGAAGGUUUUCUGCAGUAUCAUAUACUAGAGUUCUCUCAAAUGGGGAAAAGUUUGGUCAUAGACUUAAAGAGCAUGAAACUAGUAGAGAACAUGUCACAAAUAUGACUACAUGGUAUGACUUGCGCCUUAUGUUGGAGAAGAAUCAAACAAUUGACAAAGUUGCUCAGCGAGAACUUGAGAAGGAAAAGGAACAUUGGAGAAAAGUUUUGCUUAGAAUCCUCUUGAUUGUUAAAUUUCUUGCAGAACACAAUAUAGCAUUCCGUGGUAGUAAUAGUAAGUUGUACCAAGACAGCAAUGGAAAUUUCUUAGGACUUGUUCAAAUGUUGGCUGAAUUUGACCCAGUUAUAAAAGAGCAUGUUGACCGCAUCACGAAUGAUAGAAUUCGUGAUCAUUAUCUUGGCCCCUCCAUACAGAAUGAGUUAAUCAAUUUGCUCGCUGCCGCAAUCAAGUUGAAAAUCAUUGAGAAGGUAAAAGAAGCAAAGUACUUCUCAGUUAUACUUGACUGUACUCCUGAUGCAAGCCACCAAGAACAAAUGUCUUUGAUAAUUAGGUAUGUUGAUGCAUCUCAAGAUUCUUUUUGCAUUGAAGAAUCCUUCUUAGGUUUUUUGGAUGUGAAUGAUACCACCGCGCAAGGAUUGUUUGAUGUUUUACAAAAGGAAUUGAAGAGUCUUGACCUUGAUGUGGACAAUGUGAGAGGUCAGGGAUAUGAUAAUGGGUCGAAUAUGAAAGGAAAAAAUAAAGGAGUACAAAACAAAGUAUUGGAAAUAAACCGAAGAGCCUUUUAUUCAGCUUGUGGUUGCCAUAGUCUGAAUUUGGCACUAUGUGAUAUGGCAAAGUCUUGUCGUAAAGCAACAGAUUCUUUUGGAGUUAUCCAGCGUAUCUAUACAAUAUUUGCUAAUUCUACUAAGAGAUGGAAAAUUCUCAAAGAUAACAUACCAGGAUUGACUCUCAAGUCAUUAUCAUCUACUCGUUGGGAGAGUCGUGUUGAUAGUGUUCAGGCUAUAAGGUUUCAGCUACCGGAAAUAAGGGAGGCCUUAUUGCAAGUGGCUGAAAGUGAUAAAGAUUCUUCGACACAAAAUGAAGCUCAAUCAUUGGCGGAGAAUGAACUUGGUGGCUUUGAUUUUUUAGUAUCAAUCAUCAUCUGGUAUGAAAUAUUAUCCGCUGUUAAUUUGAUUAGCAAAGAGUUACAGUCAAAGGAUAUGCUUAUUGAUAUUGCAAUUGAAUCUGUAAAAGGCUUGCUUUCCUUUUUCAAAAAGUAUAGAGAAACCGGCUUUUCAAAAGCAUUGGAAGUUGCCAAAAAAAUUGCAGUGGAGAUGGAUAUUCAUCUAGAGUUCCGCACCAAGCGUAAAAUCAAAAGGAAAAAACAAUUUGAUGAGGGUGAAGAUGAUGCAUCUAUCGACUCACAAUCUGCAGAGGAGUCAUUUAGGGUCAAUUAUUUUAUACGUGUUGUUGAUCAAGCUAUAACUUCACUUACCAUUAGAUUUGAACAAUAUGAGGGGUAUGAAAAGAUAUUUGGUUUCUUGUUUACUUCAGAUAGGCUGCGAUCACUAGAUGACAAGAGUUUGAUGGCUGCUUGUGUUAAUCUUGAAGAUGCACUUAAGAGUGGAGAACAUACAGAUAUUGAUGGACUUGAAUUGUGUUGUGAGCUAAUUUUCAUCCAGGAUUUACUUCAUAAAUCAAUGGGUCCUCUUGACAUUCUGAAUUAUUUGAAGAAGCGCUCCACAAUCUAUCCUAAUGUUGUUAUUGCAUACAGAAUUUUGUUGACCAUUCCUGUAACGGUUGCAUCUGCUGAAAGGAGUUUUUCUAAACUCAAGUUGUUGAAGUCCUACUUGCGUUCUACUAUGACACAAGAAAGACUUAAUGGAUUGGCGACAAUAGCACUUGAAAAUGAUGUCUUGGAGAAGAUAAAGUACGAAGAUAUGAUUGAAGAUUUUAUUUCAAGAAAUACCAGACGGAUGCUUCUUUUUGGUAGAACAUGA